AUGGUGACGUGUUUAGAUGGGGUGAAGCAUAUACUUUCUACUGUAGUAAAUUGCUGUGAGUCUGGUAUUAACAAGCAACCUAGGGGACUCGGAAAUCCUGAAGCUCUAGCUAGAGAGACCGUGUUCAGUGUAAGCGAAAUAGAAGCACUAUAUGAAUUGUUUAAAAAGAUCAGCAGUGCUGUGAUAGAUGACGGGCUGAUUAACAAGGAAGAAUUCCAGCUAGCGCUGUUCAAGACGAACAAAAAGGAGAGCCUUUUUGCUGAUAGGGUUAGUUAUCAUGUGUCAGUAUUUGACCUGUUUGACACAAAGCACAAUGGAAUACUGGACUUUGAAGAGUUUGCACGUGCCCUCUCGGUCUUUCACCCACAUGCCCCAAUUGACGAAAAGAUUGAUUUUUCAUUCCAAUUAUAUGAUCUCAAGCAGCAAGGGUUCAUUGAAAGACAAGAGGUAAAGCAAAUGGUGGUGGCAACACUAGCUGAAUCUGGCAUGAACCUUUCAGAUGAUGUUAUCGAGAGUAUCAUUGAUAAGACGUUCGAGGAAGCUGACACUAAGCACGACGGGAAGAUUGAUAAAGAAGAGUGGAGGAGCCUCGUUCUUCGCCAUCCGUCACUUUUAAAGAAUAUGACCCUUCAAUACCUCAAAGACAUAACCACCACAUUCCCGAGCUUCGUGUUUCAUUCCCAAGUCGAUGAUACGUGA